GCUGCAAGAUGAUAAUUUCACCUGCCAGUUCAAGUCUUUACCUUAACUGCACUCUAAAUGAUGGAGGACAAAUUUGAAAUAAAUGUGCACAAUAUUACUAAUCAUAGGCAUUUCUAGCCCAUUUUUGGGGGUGCUAAAGCCCCUCUAAAUUGAAUCCCAGCACCCCUAAAAUUUUCUUAAUUAUUUUUCAUUUGUUCUUCCCUGUAGUUACCAUGGUCAGGAGAGACUGCUCCGACCACCAGCUCAGAGGGGCGACAAAAAGUGGAGUAUACCUGGUGACCCCUGACCUCCGCGGCAGAAGCUUCCCAGUCUUCUGCGACAUGGAGCAGCAUGGUGGAGGGUGGACGCUCCUGCAGCGCCGUCAAGACGGCAGCGUGAGCUUCAAUCGUUCAUGGGCGGAGUACCGAUCAGGCUUUGGGGAGCAAAACGGAGGAGAGUUUUGGCUGGGGAACAAUAUGAUCCACCUGCUAACCCGGGACAGGGACAUGAUGCUGCGGGUGGAACUGGAGGACUUUGAUGGGGUAGUGGAGUUUGCAGAGUACGAGGUCUUCCGGGUGGCGAAUGAACGGAUGCGCUACAGACUGACAGUAGGGGGGUACUCAGGUACCGCAGGUGAUGCUCUGCGCUUCAGCAAAACUUACGACCACAACAACAGGAGCUUCACCACCCCGGACAGGGACCAUGACAGAUAUCCAUCUGGCAACUGUGGGGCCUACUACAGCUCUGGUUGGUGGUUCGAUGCCUGCAUGGCUGCAAAUCUGAACGGGAGAUACUAUGUUGGAAAGUACAAAGGAGUCCGGGAUGGGAUUUUCUGGGGAACAUGGCAUAACAUAUCCACAGAGUAUUACCCUACCAAUGACAGGCAGUCUUUUAAAGCUGUCAGAAUGAUGAUCAGACCAAAAGGCUUUACCACAUGAGCUGGGACUCUGACAGGGCAUGAUGGAAUUUAAAACACAUGGGUCAAACUACUACAUUCAGAAAUAAGCUACUAAAAUGCUCCUAAACUCCAGUAUACCAUCCACACACAACUAUUGUAAACUAUUAUCACAUAGCUGAUGGCCUGUGGUGUUUGAUUCUGCAAUACUAUUUUGUUUAUAAAACAACCUGAGGAUGUACAUAGUUAUUCAGUUAAUGUCCUGAUUGCACACUAUCAUUUUUCAAUAACCCUUUUAAAGUGAUAUUUCUGAAGGUUUUCCAGUAGAAUUUGCCUCGGGACAAAAGAGGGAAAUUUCUUGGAAAAGUCUCAUUGAAGACAGUUUAAAUAUGAUUGGUAUGUAACGACAAAGACAGAGACUAUUUUAUUAGCUAAAGGACUGGAAAGCCAGGUGAUGGUUGACUAAGACUGUUUGGGAUGUUUCAUAAUUGUGGUUAUUUUUAUCAAGAUAAAUAAAACUGAUGGAUAUAUGUGU